AUGGCGGAGCAACAGAAAGCAACUAAAUGGCUCCAACAAUUCUUAGCAAUAAAAGGUGGUAGUUUUACUCAUAUUGGAACUGCAUUCCAAGAUGUUCAAAACUUAAAUAUUGUUAUACAAUUACUUACUGACGAGAAGGAUGCCAAUUAUGAAACAAUUAACGAUGCCCUAGAAGCAAUUUUAAAUCAUAAACUUAUGCCAAAAUGGGAUAGAUUGCAAGAAACAGAUAUUAAUCAGUCGAAUAUGCAAAAAAUUGUCCAAUUUGUAAAUAGACUUGCUGGCCAAUAUACCAUUGACCAAGUCAAGAAAGAUAAUGCAAACGCGAAACCUUCUGCAAAACCGGCACAAAAAUUGCCAAGUCCUAAAUCAUCAGCUGCAGCUGCCCCAGCGCCAGCCCAUAAGCCAAAGCCAGAAAAGACAUCUUCAGUUGAAACUACUCAUCUGGCAAAGCCUCCUUCGCCAACAUCAAAUUCGAAGCCUUCACCAGCAGCCCAGUCGAAACCAGCUGAGGAGGAUGCAACAAUCAGUAGAUCCGAUUUUGUCUCCCGUCCCAUGAUGAAUAAGCACAGAUCAAAUACAAUAGCACCAAAACGCGCAGCUGAAAGCAUUUUAGCAGCUCAGGCCGCUAUCGCUGGAAAGCCAAUAACUCCUAAAGCCGCUGAUACUAACAGUAGACCAAUUUCAAGAGGAUCUCCAAGAGAAAUCUCUCCAAAAUCAUCAGAUUCAGACAAACCAAAUUCAUUCAAAGCAAGACUUGCCUUUGCACAAAGCAACCUUGCCCAUCAAAAUGCUCUUAAUCCAUCAGCAAAGAUUUCAUGCAAUCCUCCUGGACACAGAAAUACAUCUCCUACAAAACCACAACCUACAUUCGCCGAAGAGCCCCCAAAAGAGGAAGAAAAACCAGUUACAAGACCAGCAUUACGUCCUGUUCCUAAGGAAGAGCCAAAGAAGGAAGUUGAAGAAGAGAAACUAGUCAUAAAACCAGCUCUCAGACCAGUACCAAAGGAAGAACCGAAGAAAAAAGUCGAACCAGAAAAGCCAAUUUCGAAACCAGCUCUUAAACCAGUUCCAAAAGAAGAACCAAAGCCAGAACCAAAACCAGUUCCAAAGCCAGAACCGAAGAAAGAAGAGCCAAAGAAGGAAGAAGAGGAAAAGCCAAUUUCAAGACCACCAUUACGUCCAGUUCCUAAGAAGGAGGAAGAAGAGAAACCAGUCAUCAAACCAGCUCUUAAACCAGUUCCUAAAGAAGAACCAAAACCAGAACCGAAGAAAGAGGAAGAAGAGAAGCCAAAGGAAGUAGAGGAAGAAAAGCCAAAGCCAGCAUUCAAACCAGAACCGAAGAAAGAAGAGAAACCAAGAGCUUCAUUCAACCUUCCAAAGAAAGAGGAAGAAGAGAAGAAAGAAACACCAGAACCAACAAAAGAAGAAGAGGAAAACAAAGAAGCACCAAAACCAACAGAAAACGAAGUACUUCCUCCUCCAAAGCCAGUCUUAACUACCGAUGAAGUCUGUGUCAAUUCAGACAUGCUCAACUUCCCAACAGCAUUCCGCCGCACAAGAAGAAACACUGUCUUCGUCAAACGUCCUUCCCUCAAAGACGUUUCUCCAAAGGAACCAGAGCGUCCUAAACCAGCAGAGUCUCCUGUCAUGCGUCCAGCCGCAAUGGCCGGAAUUCCAGACCAAUUCUCUUCACCUGUUGCAGGGGGAGGUGGCAGAGCAAGGAGGCCACCAAUGCCAGGAAUGGGACCAGGAAUGCCGAUGCCAGGAUUGGGCGCAGGAAUGCCUAAACUUCGCAAGGUAAAUCAGCCAGGAGUUCCUGUUUACACGAAGAAUGAAGCUGGAACACCACGUCCAGGCAAAGAAGAGAAGAAGAAGGAAGAAAAGAAGGAGAAGAAAGAGAAAGAUCCAAAGCUUAACGAAGUUCCUAAACCAUCAGGAGGAGGAUUCUUCAAGAAACUCUUCGGAAAAGACAAAGGCAAAGAAGAAAAGACUAAAGAGAAAUCACCAAAGUCUUCCGGUAAUGAUAUCAAUGGUUGGCUUUCUUUGAUGGGCGUUGAAGUUUCAAACAUCGCAACAGACUUCAAGGACGGAACAAACUUGAUCAAACUCAUCAAGAGCAUGACAGGUGAUGAGAUCGAAGUCAAGCCUGUUAAACCAGCACUCUUGAAGUUCCAGAAUCCUAAUUUGGAUGAAGCCAUCAAAUAUUUCGAUUCAAAGAAUUUGACAGCUGGAAAGAACCACAUUUCAAAGGACGACUUCAUGAAUGGUAAUGAGAAUAACAUCAAGAACUUCUUGGCUGGCUUGAUGAGCAAAUAUCCUAAGCCAAAGAAGUAA